AUGGAGCCCGUUGACGCCGAACGCGCGCGACAGCUGUCGCUCUUCCGGCCCCUAGGCUACCAGCGCAAUUCCUGUGGUUACUGUAAAUCCGACGAUGGCAGCGUCUCAUAUUAUACCAGCUCCGUGGUCGUGCGGCCCGAGCACUAUGAGGAGCUCAUCCAUCGAGGCUGGAGACGAUCGGGCAAGCUCUACUACAAGCAGAACCUGCAACGAUCAUGCUGUCCGCAUUACACGAUGAGGCUGGAGGCAAACGCCUUCCAACCCCGUCGUGACCAGCGCAAGGCCAUCAAUCGCUGGAACAAGUUCAUUCUGGGUCCAGAGUAUAUCCGCAAGGCGGCUCGGCUCUGCCCACGUUCUCGAGAGGAAAAGCGGCAUCGGAAGUGUAACUUUGACCUACAGUCUGCAGUGCACGAGGCCGAGUACAGCAAUGUCAAGCGUCCUAUCGAUCCCGUAACCGAACGCCCGCUGGAGCCGGCGCACAAGUUUGAGGUCAACAUCGAGGGCGACUCGGUCUCUCAGGCCAAGUUCGACUUGUUUGUCAAGUACCAGACGACCGUGCACAAAGAGGACGUCUCUCGCUGGAAGACAAAGGAUUUUGAAGGGUUUCUGUGCUCUGGCAUCAAGCGGACACCCAAUCCGAUCACCAAGUCGAAUGCGUCCGAGAAGAAGCUGGGAUCAUGGCAUCAGUGCUAUCGGCUGGAUGGCAAGCUCAUUGCCGUUGCGGUGCUGGAUCUGGUACCAAGCGGAGUGAGCUCGGUCUAUAUCUUCUACGAUCCUGACUACGAGCAGUGGGAAUUCGGCAAGCUGAGCGCAAUGCGUGAGAUUGCCUUUGCCCAGGAAAACAAUUAUGCAUACUACUACAUGGGAUUUUAUAUUCACAGCUGUGUCAAGAUGCGCUACAAGGGCAAUUUCAGGCCUCAAUACAUUCUAGACCCCGAAUCAUACGACUGGGACCCGCUCGAUGGCGAGCUAUCCAAAAAGCUUGACACCCAGCCCUAUGUCUCCAUGUCCCGAGAGCGGGCCCCGCAAGAUGCCAGACCGUUCCCAGAUAUUGACCCCGACGUGGAUGAAACGGAACUGUCCCUCUUCGACAUCAAUAUGCCCGGUGUGUUGACGCUGGAGGAGGUGAAGGCCCUGGACCUGGACCAUUGGUAUCUGCUGUACCAUGGAUCAUUCGUCCAGAUGGACGAUCUUGUUGGCUGGGAUAGAAUGCCGAUGGAUAGUCCGCAGUCGGUCAAAGGCAUUGUUGCUGAGCUUGCCGCGGUGCUCGGACCGAAACUCGUGAAAGAUAGUGCGGUGGUGCUAUUUGACUAA